AUUUUAAACCAUAUUAAAGGUGGAGGCGGACGAGUAGUCGAAGGAGCAGAUCAAAAUGGCGAGCCAAGAAGAGUCUGUUCGGGAGUUCGUCGCUGUUACUGAUGUGGAUGAAGAGCGGGCCCGGUUUUUCCUGGAGUCUGCCGGCUGGAACUUGCAGCUUGCGCUUGCCAGUUUCUUUGAGGAUGGAGCUGAUGACGACAUAGUGACACUUCCUCAACCUGAAGGAGGCUCUUCAGUGUCCCGGUCUGCAGGGCCGAGCUCUCAGCCCAGAGUAACCUCUUUCCGAGACCUGAUGCAUGAGGCAGAGGAGGAGAGUGAUGAAGAGGAAGGCCAGAGGUUUUUUGCAGGGGGAUCAGAGCGUAGUGGGCAGCAGAUCGUUGGGCCUCCCAAGAAGAAGAGCUCAAAUGAGGUGGUGGAGGAUUUGUUCAAGGGGGCCAGGGAACAUGGAGCUGUGCCUCUGGACCGGAGUGGGAGAGGGCCAGGAGAGCCCAGCAAAUCCAAGCCCUUUCUUGGUGGAGGCUACAGGCUAGGCGCAGCUCCUGAGGAAGAGUCAGCCUAUGUGGCUGGAGAGAGACAGGCCUCCAACAGCCAGCAGGAUGUACACGUGGUGCUGAAGCUAUGGAAGACAGGUUUCAGUCUGGAUAAUGGUGAACUCAGAAACUACAGUGAUCCUGGCAAUGCCAACUUCCUUGAGGCAAUCAGGAGGGGGGAGAUUCCCCUGGAGUUGAGGCAGCGGUCUCGAGGAGGUCAGGUCAACUUAGACAUGGAGGACCACAGGGAUGAGGAUUUCAGCAAACCAAAGGUUGCCUUCAGGGCCUUUGGGGGUGAAGGACAGAAGUUGGGAAGUGCCACCCCAGAGUUGACCACAGCUCCAGCCACCUCCCAGCAUGACCAGGCUGCCAAUGAGGCUCAAGCCAGCUCCUCUGUUACCCUUGACCCCUCCCAACCUGUCACUAACAUUCAGAUCCGACUGGCUGACGGCGGCAGGCUGGUCCAGAAGUUCAACCAUACCCACAGGGUGUCUGACCUACGGCAGUUUGUGGUGGCCGCCCGGCCUGCCAUGGCUGCCAGAGAGUUUGUUCUCAUGACCACCUUCCCCAACAUGGAGCUGACGGAUGAGAACAAGACGCUGCAGCAGGCCAACCUCCUCAACGCUGUCAUCGUCCAGCGGCUAAAGUGAGGGGGGAGAGUAGGAGUGAAACACCCCCCGCCCCCCCACAGUGAUGUGGCUGAUUAACUGCAGCCCUGUGAAACCUGCUGCCCCUUCUGAGGGAGGAGAAAUCAUGGACUUAUGUAUGGACUUCUAAUUUCUGAUUUUUUUUUUUUCUAAAGUGAUCCAUUACAUUCUGCUCCCCAGACCUCCACUCUCACCCUCCCCUCUCUGUGGUCUGUGAAUGGCAGGGAUGAGGGGGGAACCAAAAAGAGUUUAAUUAAGAUUUGUUGGAAAGCCAACAGAUGCUGUUGAAUAGUGGUUUUGAUGGGGAUGUGUUUACCUGACAGCAGUGUGGUUUACUCAACCCUGCAGCAAUGGAGCUUUCUGAAGACCACACUUUUCCAUCUUCAUUUGACCCUUCAGCUGUACUCUCAGGUGCUGGGGCCUUGACAGAUUCAUGCAGCGACACACUUCUAGUUCGACUCUGUCUCAACAGCACAAACCAGAACCACAUGAGGAAUACUAGUCUUACGGUAAAAGGUCAUAUUGAUAGCGUGGUUUUGUACUUGUUUCCAUUUCUCUCCACAUAUUUUUUUGGAGAGAGAAGAGUAAUGAUGUGACAAAACAAAAGGUUUUCUUUCUCCAAACCAAUUGAUACCAGUAGCCUUACACUCACCUGCAUAACUACACCCGUCCCUUUGUUCAAACUAAGAUGGAGUUGUUUUUUAAACUGCCUUUUUUCCCUCUGACUUAUUUUUCCUUUACAGAUUAUAGGAUUGUCCCAGUUGACAGUGGCACUUUGAUACUGUGUAGCAUGACCAGCAGUUACACAUGGCUUUAUUAUCAAACCACUGGUUGAGCAUAAGAACAUAAGGAUUGUAAACACUGGUUUGUAGUGGUGGAAGUGGAAUUCCUAUGACACACUGACAUCUUCUAUGCAUCCUGGAGCAACACAGAAAUAUGUUUGGACCUCUGGUAAAAUAAAUCCAUUUUAUGGUUGAUGUAUAAAGA